AUAUGAUAAGAGCGAAAACAUUCCGAUAAGACCGAAAACAAGGAACCCAAAAAUCACGUUUUAAUAAACUUCGACGUGCAUGAUGCGGUUAGUCCAUUGAGGAGAUUUGCAAACUUUGCUCAGUUUCAGCCAGUCGACCGUGACCCAUAAAGCCUGAAUUGUGACAGGUUUCCGCUGCUCGAGUUGUGAGGGGGGAAUGCAGACCACUGAGCUCAAUUCAGCUUCUUUUCAGUCUUUUGGGGUAGCUUAUGUGAACUAAUAGUAGAGAAAGUCAGGCCACUGGAUGAAACCAUAUGUCAAGAAAAAUGUCGCGUUUUCUAGUUCGCUUCUCCUCUAUCGUUUCCAACGGAGCGACUGUCAUAUCAAUUUUACCUCAGAAGAGGAUAUUCGUAGGGAUUCGGCUGGUGUCUACAUCAACAGGUUUGCAGUCAUUGACACGUUAUGACCAGUCCACAGAUUGGCAGAGGAAACUGACUCCAGAACAGUAUGUUGUUACGAGAGAAAAAGGCACAGAGGUGCCAUUCAGCGGUAUCUACUUGAAUCACAAUGAGGUGGGCAUGUACCACUGUGUUUGCUGUGACUCCCCUCUUUUUAGCUCAGAAGCGAAAUAUGAUUCAGGAACUGGUUGGCCGUCCUUCUGUGAGGCUCACGGGACAUGGGAGAAAGACGAGAGUCACGCCAACAUUGUCCGUCGCCCUGACAACUCACUUGGUAGCACAGGAACAGAGGUUAUCUGCAAACAUUGUGAUGCCCAUCUUGGACACGUCUUUGAUGAUGGUCCAGAUCCGACUGGCCAGCGAUUCUGCAUCAACAGCGUUGCUCUUAACUUUAAGCCCAGAGAGAAAUAAUGUAGAGACAUCCAGCAAAAAAAAAAAAAAAA